AUGCGAGACUCCAAAGAGGCGCAGCCGUCACUGGAGGAGAUUCGGAUUAUUCAAGAACUCUGCCCACCUCAGCAAGCCGUGCUGGCUGCGGAGCCCGGGUCUCGAGCUUCGUCGAUAAAUCGCCAAAUAAAUGGCAUUCUACCACACGGAAUUCAAACUCCGCAAACGGAUGCUUCAUGGAACUCGCACGGCGCCGACUCUGACAUUUCCUUUAGCUCCGCUGUACAACAAGAAGAAGCCAAGCUUCGAUGGGAUGCCGACGCGGAGCUUAAACGCCUGUCCAAAACACUACUUCGAAUGCAAAAAUGGGGUCUGAUUAGUGGACUCGUCAUUAUCAACGGCACGCUAAUCUACUCGGCUUUGAAGUUCUGGCAAGUCUACUACCUCUUUAUCGUCCUGCUAAGCUCCAACACGGUCCUCCAAGUGCUGAUGAUUGUCUGCAUCAUUGGCACCUGGACCUGGAAACACAUUCUCUGCGGCUGGCGAAAGCCAAAAAAAGAGACUACUGUGCCGGACGAGCCAGAGAAGCUGGUGCUCCUGCUGCCGUGCUACAACGAGACGCCGGAGGAGCUGUCGCGAUCGCUCGACUCGCUGGUCGAGCAGGAGAACCUGGACAGCCACCCCAGGCUCAUCUUGAUCGUCGUCGACGGCAACGUGCGCGGGCCGGGCAUGACCAAGACGACGCAGCGCUACCUGCUCGAGGACAUUCUGGAGCCCGGCCCGCGCCGCGUCUUCGCCAACGGGUACCGCGCGCGCGACGGCCUCUUGAUGCCGGUCAGGGUGCAGACGGGCACAUACCGCGGGAUCCCCUACAUCCUCGUUGGAAAAAAGUACAACCAGGGCAAGCGUGACAGCCUGUGCUUUGCGCGGUCGCUCCUCUACCACUACCACUACCACGACCGGCUGCGGACGACCGCCGACAACGCCGUCACCACCAUGUUCCACAACGACCUCUUUGCGCACCUGGGCACGGCGCUGCUGCAGCGCGGCCUCUGCACCAUCGACUACCUCGUGGGCAUGGACGCCGACACCGUGUUUGACCGGCGCUGCGUGUGGGAGAUGCUGCGGGCCAUGCGCGCGGCGGACCCGAGCGUGGUGGUGGGCGUGUGCGGCCACGUGUGCGUCGACUUUGGAGCGCGCCGAUUUCGUCUCUGGUCGCUGUACCAGUCGGUCGAGUACGCGCAGACGCAGGGCCUGCGGCGCAUGUUCCAGUCGCGCGUCACGGGCAAGGUCAGCUGCCUGCCGGGCUGCUGCCAGCUGCUCCGCGUCGACGAGGCGACGUUUGGCGACGUCGUGCUGCGGCGGCGCUUCGGCUACUGCCCCAAGCCAAACGACGUCAUGACGCGCCACAUCAUGGGCAGCUACUCCGAGGACAGCAUCCACGCGAGCAUUAUUUUUAGCCUGUUUCCGGACAGGCAGACGGCGCAGGCGCUGCGCGCCAAGGCGUACACGACGGUGCCGCAGGGCUGGCGCGUGUUUCUGUCGCAGCGCAAGCGGUGGGCGCUCGGCAGCAUAUCAAACGAGUUUGUUAUGAUCUUUCGGCCGUGCAUCCUGUGGGUGGAGCGGCUGCAGAGCGUCGUGGCGGUGCUGACGUGGGCGAUUACGCCGUUCAUCGUUGCGGCGCUCGCAGAGAUGAUCAUGCUGUUGGUGAAGCAUGGAAGGGAAGUAAUUCAGGAUCCAGUAUUCAUCUCGCUGCUGUCAUUGCUCUGGGUUCGCUAUUUGUACUCGUUCUGCAUCGGUUUCUGGCUUCCGCAAAGUAAUCUCGAACGGAUUCAGUAUUUUGUCGGCUUCUUUCUACAUUUUUUCACGUCGCCGUUUAUGAACAUCAUCAUCCUCGUGUACUCACUGAUGCACUCGGACGACUUUCAAUGGGGCAAGACGCGCGAGGUGAUUCAAGAGGACGGCGAGUCGAAUGCGGAUGGGCAAGGCGGAAGAGGGAAUCAUUGA